AUGGGAGUCUUUCAUACUUCUUCUGUGUUGGAAACCUCUGAGCAUCAUGUGUUACCCUGGGAUCUCUUACUCACAGAGUCCGAGGCGGAAUGGACCUCGAUACAGCCGUCGGUGAUAGUAUCAAGGCCGGGAGAGCAGCGCCCCUCACGCUCUGAGACGCAAACGGAGGAAGAGGUGGAGAUGGAGCUUGCCCUCAAGCAUCCUGACCGACGGAAUCCCGACAUCGGGGGCGUCCUCUUGUUCCGAAAGCCCGAGAUCGCAUUCCGGUCAGAAGAAAGGGGCAACAUCGACACGGCAGAGCAUGGUCCGCUCCCUGAGCGGCCUCGGACCCCAUUGGGCCACGAAUUAGAACCCGCGUCACACGACACAGAUUCGGUGUGGGCAUAUUCGGUGGAACUUGAUGGACCUGAUGGAUCGAUGUCUUCAGUCGAACCUAAUGGACCCAAUGGAUGGAUGCUAGAUGCAGCUGUGGCACCUGCGUUCCAUACUUAUCACUUCAAGUUCAUGUGCACAGCCGGUCAACUCCGAGACAAGCUGAUGACCACGGUGAAGGGAGCCUCCCCAGUGGACGGCAAGGUGCGAUGCGAAUACCGGACGCGAAAGCUGGAAUAUGCCGAUGUCUCUCUCCAAGACCUCGCCAUAUUGCGACCAGGCCCUGGCGAUUAUGCGAUCAUGUGUAAGCGUGGCCCCAACUUCGGAGCGUACGGCAAAACGAUGCAGGGCGUGGCAGACCCGCUUGUUCUAGUACUGGAAGAAGGCGGCAGGACGCUUAGGGUGGAUAGGGAUGACUUGGCCCAGCUUGUGUGCAAAUAA